CCUUGCCUGAAACCGACGAUUGUUUGCAAUGAUGCUUAUCAAUUUUCCCUUCACUCUGCACAAAAAAACCGACAAGCAACCAACCAACAACGACAAAGAGAACAAGAACGAAGCAACCACCAAACGGACGACACGCCAGACCUGAGCUGAGCAGCCCCUUCCUUCUUCUCUGUCUCUGUGCAGACGCUUCACCUUCCUGCGCGUUCCCCGGUGCCAGCAACACCUUGACACGACAUCGUUCGUUGUAUCCAGCGCGGUCAUGGCCAUGGACCCAUCACGACAACAGGCGCUCGGCCGUUACAGGCGGCAUCUCCUGGAGCGCCAGGAGCUCGACGCCAGAUAUCGUGCAUGCCAAGAGAAGCACCAAGAACUGCUCAAACAGUACGAUGAGUCUGAGGAGGCAAUCAAGACGUUGCAAAGCGUUGGACAGAUCAUUGGCGAAGUGCUUAAGCAGCUGGAUGAAGAGAAAUUCAUUGUCAAGGCGUCCAGCGGACCGCGCUACGUCGUCGCAUGCAGACGAGGGCUGGACCGCAGCAAGCUCAAGCAAGGCACACGUGUCACCCUCGACAUGACAACGCUCACCAUCAUGCGGAUUUUGCCGCGGGAGGUUGACCCGUUGGUGUACAACAUGACGGCAGAGGAUCCGGGCAACGUGCAGUACAACUCAAUCGGUGGCCUCUCCAAGCAAGUCCGCGAACUCAGAGAGGUGAUUGAGCUGCCACUGAAGAACCCUGAGCUGUUUCUGCGCGUUGGCGUGAAUCCGCCCAAAGGCUGUCUGCUGUACGGCCCGCCCGGCACAGGCAAGACCCUCCUCGCCCGCGCCGUCGCUUCAAACGUCGAGGCUUCCUUCCUCAAGGUUGUUUCCAGCGCCAUUGUUGACAAGUACAUUGGCGAGAGUGCGCGCAUGAUCCGCGAGAUGUUCGGGUAUGCGCGGGACCACGAGCCGUGCAUCAUCUUCAUGGACGAGAUUGACGCCAUUGGCGGGCGCCGCUUCUCCGAGGGCACGUCCGCGGACCGCGAGAUCCAGCGAACCCUCAUGGAGCUGCUGCACCAGCUUGAUGGGUUUGACACGCUUGGCAAGGUGAAGAUCAUCAUGGCCACCAACAGGCCCGACACGCUCGACCCCGCCCUCCUCCGCCCAGGCCGCCUGGACAGGAAAAUCGAGAUUCCGCUGCCGAACGAGCAGGCGCGGCUUGAGAUUCUGAAGAUCCACACGAAGCCAAUCACGACCAAGGGCGACAUUGACUUUGAGGCCGUUGCCAAGCUCUCCGACGGCUUCAACGGCGCCGAUCUCCGAAACGUCUGCACAGAGGCUGGCAUGUUUGCGUUGCGCGCUGAUCGCACGUAUGUGUUGGACGAGGACUUUGCCAAGGCGGCGCGCAAGGUGGCGGAGAACAAGAAGCUUGAGUCCACGCUGGAGUACAAGAAGGUGUAAAGCCGCGCAAGGCCAUGACACGGCCAAUCCCCACCACCACAAGUCCCUGCACACUGCUGCCACGAUGCUGCAAACACACAGCUCCACCACACCGUGUUCUGCCAAUCUCUUUGUGUUGCAGUCUGUUGAAUUGAACAACAACCGCCUGCCUGUUGACCAACCACAAGUAAGCGCCAACGCACACACGCAGGAGUCAGGGAGAGGGAAA